UGUGCGACGCCGACGCCGGACGCGUAAGCAAAACGUCAUUCAUGUUAUUCCACUGGCAGUUAAGACUGGGAGCAAAAAGAAUACAGCUUUAAAAUGUGCGACAUCGACCCUCCUCCGGAUGAUUUCUACAACCCGGAAUAUCCACUGGAAAGUGACGAUGAGUUUGGGUGCAUCGCUGAUCCGCUCUCCGUUUCGGUACCGUCGACCGGACGCAAUUUGGGACAGGUGUCAGAGUUGGAUACGGUGAGUGACGAUCAUGAUAGAAAUACUGACAAACAGCCCUCUCCAAGCCCGGCUCCAACGAUCAAAGUUUAUCAGGAUUUAUUCUGUGCGAAAACAUACAAGAAAGAAGAUCUCUAUCCAACGGAAAUGGAUCUGUCCUGUUUUCCAGCUUGGACACUUUCACCUUAUUGGCCCGUGUAUUUGUCUAACUUUCGACUGAACAGUUUGGAGGAGUCGGAGAGACACUUGCAAAUUUCCACUUAUUUCGCCAGUAAAGGACUCCUGUGCCGAAUGAUUUUCAUUUGGGAAAACUUCGACAAGCAUUACUUCAAUGGCUAUCAAAGAAAAUCUUUGCUUCUAGAUAUGUUGGUUUAUUUUACUUCCAAAGAGGACGCAGAUCGUGCAAUUCGUUGUUGUGAUAAGACCACUUAUUACGGACACAAGCUGAAUGUUUUUCCCGGAAGAAUUCCGAUUUAUUUCGAUCCGGAACGAACCAUUUGUUUUAAAAUCGGAACCCAUGCGGUGCAUCUCACGGAAACAAUUGCAGAGCACAGAUUUCGGUAUCGAGGUAUCAAAGGUAUUGAAACAGUAGUUAGAAAGUCCGAGACAGAGUUGUUCGUGGAAUUUUGCGAUCAGCAUGCGAUGAAUAAGGCUGUUAUGAAGAGUCCCAGAUGGAUUCCGAUGCGUUUGCAUGGUCCAGUUCAGAAGCAGCGAUACCUGGAACAAGACUGCAAGUACGAGAUGAUGUUUUUCAUUCAGGAGAACCCCUCUUUUUUAGAUAUGGUUCCCGCUGAAAAUAUUCUGAAGGAUAUGCUGAACGGUAAAUUACCUGCGGUGCUGAGAGAUUGGGACGAUUGGACAGAACCGAAACCUUUGCCGGCAUCGGUACUCGAAUCAAUUGAGAACAAUAAACGGAAAAGGAAAAUGCAUCUAAUUGAAAAUGCCAGUAUUAAGCUAGAGGCCAAGAAGAACGGAGUGAACGUUGCCAAAAAACCUGAAACGGGAUCGUUCAAGAGGUAUAAGAAAGAGGUAAUCCGUCAGAAGAAGGCUUUUCUUGGCAUCAAGGAAGAACAGAAUAAGUCUUCCGUGAUGGAGUUUGCCAGCCAAAGAUAUUUGGUGUUGUUAAGAGAAUUUAUUGUUACCAGAUCGGAACUUGAGUCUAAGAAGGAUAUAACGACUCUGAGUGAGCGGAAUAAGCUGUUUUAUGAUUUGCUUAGAACGGAAAGAGAAAUGUAUAAAUUGCUGAAGGUGAACCCUGCUCUGUCAUGUGAAUUGCUAGAAAAUGGUUUAAUUGUGUCGAUGGUUGUGGCGGGCGAGAAUACCGACUUUCCAAAGUAUCCAACACAGUUGGCACUUUCUGAUGAACUGGAACCGUUGGAUAAGUUAUGGCCCGUUUUUGUAGGCAACUUUCCCGUAACCGAUCUAGAUGCCAAGUCGCGGAAUAUGGAAAUUCAUGACUUUUUCGCAAUAAAGAAUUUUUCGGUACAAAUGAUUUAUCUGAAAGAAGAUGACAAGUUCUACAACUCCUACUUAAAAGUCAUUCAACUGUUGGACAUGCUGGUAUAUUUUCAUUCUGAGGAAGUGGCCCAACAAGUAGUCAAAACCUAUCAUGGGACAAUGCAUCGUGGUUCCAAAUUGACUGCGUACAACGGACGGAAACAUCUCUGCUUUCUUACUGGACUAACCGCAUACAUCAAGUUGGACAAAGAUCCCGUCGUCGCAGAACAGUCCAUUGAGCGAGUGCUGGUUAACAUUUCCCCCGAGAGUUUGCACAGUUUGAAUCGCUUCCCCAAGCGUGCCUAUUUUAGCUUUCGUAAAACUUACCAGAUAAGGGCGGCAAUGAGUAGCGGAUUACCACUGAUACGAUUUUGGAAGCAGAAACCAAAGCAGAGGUACAUAGAGAAAGAUGUAAAGCAGAAGCUGCUACGUAGGCUGUUAACCGAUGCUGAUUUCCUCAAUAAUCAACCGAGGGCAAACACCUUGAGAUCGUUGUUUGUCGCUGCAUCGUUACCGACGGAAGAAAACGGUGAAAUAGUUUGGGCCGGUGGUUAUCAGCAGCGAAAGGUGAUGAACGAGAGGAUUGGUAAUGUGCUGGCUGAAUGGGAAAAAUUGCAGUGAUUUGAUGCCUAACAUUGACUUCCGUGAGGCAGUGUGCCAGCUCGGAGAUUAAGAAUUAUGUACACUGUCCAACAAGCAUGGUAAUUGUCGCUGAAAAAUAUAAAAACAAGCAACGAAUGAGAAUAGUGGUGAGUCUUUGUCCUCAUUUGCAGAGGAUAAACACAAUGUUGUGUUCUAUUUUAUCUACAACAAAUAUAAAGUAAGACGGUAUAAUGCGCCCCACCUGGCUAAAACGCCCCCCUU